AUGACAAGCGAGAGACCGGUGACCAUGCCGGGCUCUGUGUCGCUCUCGGACCGACAACCUCCUCCAGGACACCGGCAACACGCGGCCGCUGCAGCCGGUGAGACAAUGAUGAUGUCCGGCUCAGGUUCUGUGGUCCUCCCGGCUGGGGUUAUCAAUCCAUCGCUUCCAAUCCGGAAUAUCAAAAUGAAAUUUGCCGUUCUCAUCGGACUGAUACAAGUUGGAGAGGUUAGCAACCGGGAUAUUGUUGAGACUGUGCUGAAUUUGUUGGUGGGCGGUGAGUUUGAUCUAGAGACCAACUUCAUUAUCCAGGAUGCCGAAAGCAUCGGCUGCAUGGUGGAGCUGCUGGAGCACUGUGACGUCACCUGCCAGGCUGAAAUCUGGAGCAUGUUUACCGCCAUCCUUCGAAAAAGUGUGCGAAACCUGCAAACGAGCACUGAGGUGGGCCUCAUCCAGCAGGUGCUGCUCAAAAUGAGCUCAGUGGAGGACAUGAUUGCAGACUUGCUCGUGGACAUGUUGGGCGUAUUGGCCAGCUACAGCAUCACAGUGAAGGAGCUGAAGUUGCUCUUCAGCAUGCUGCGAGGGGAAGGAGGUCUGUGGCCGAGGCAUGCGGUCAAAAUGUUGUCUGUGCUGAAUCAGAUGCCCCAGAGACACGGACCUGAUGCCUUCUUCAACUUUCCGGGUCGCAGUGCAGCAGCCAUUGCUUUACCUCCUAUUGCCAAGUGGCCUUAUCAGAAUGGGUUUACAUUCAACACCUGGUUCAGAAUGGAUCCUUUGAAUAAUAUCAAUGUUGACAAGGACAAACCAUAUCUGUAUUGCUUUCGUACCAGCAAGGGCAUUGGCUACUCUGCACAUUUUGUCGGUAACUGUUUGAUCGUGACAUCACUCAAGUCUAAAGGAAAAGGAUUCCAGCACUGUGUGAAGUAUGAUUUCCAACCAAGGAAGUGGUACAUGAUCAGUAUCGUUAACAUCUACAGCCGCUGGAGGAACAGUGAAAUCAGAUGUUACGUGAACGGACAACUCGUGUCAUAUGGAGACAUGGCAUGGCACGUCAACACCAAUGAUAGUUAUGAUAAAUGCUUCCUCGGCUCCUCUGAGACGGCCGAUGCAAACCGAGUAUUCUGUGGGCAGCUAGGAGGUGUCUACGUGUUCAGUGAAGCCCUCAAUCCAGCACAGAUAUUUGCAAUUCAUCAGCUAGGACCGGGCUAUAAGAGCACAUUUAAGUUCAAGUCAGAGAGCGACAUUCAUUUAGCGGAGCAUCACAAGCAGGUGUUGUAUGACGGCAAGUUGGCCAGCUCCAUCUCCUUCACCUAUAAUGCUAAGGCCACCGAUGCUCAGCUCUGCCUGGAGUCCUCGCCCAAAGAAAACGCCUCCAUCUUUGUGCACUCGCCACAUGCCCUUAUGCUCCAGGAUGUAAAAGCUACUGUGACUCACUCCAUCCACAGUGCCAUACACUCCAUCGGAGGGAUCCAGGUGUUGUUCCCGCUCUUCGCUCAGCUGGAUUACCAUCAGCUGAACGACAGCCAGGUGGAACCUACUGUGUGUGCCACCCUCUUGGCCUUUCUGGUUGAGCUGCUCAAGAGCUCUGUGGCCAUGCAGGAGCAGAUGCUGGGAGGGAAGGGUUUUCUGGUGAUCGGAUACCUGCUUGAGAAGUCAUCCCGUGUACACAUUACCAGGGCUGUAUUAGAGCAGUUCCUCUCCUUUGCAAAGUAUCUGGACAGCCUGUCACAUGGGGCACCACUACUGAAGCAGCUGUGUGACCACAUCCUCUUCAAUGCUGCUAUCUGGAUCCACACCCCAGUUAAGGUACAGCUCUCUCUGUACACCUAUCUCUCGGCUGAGUUCAUUGGCACAGCAACCAUCUACAACACGAUUCGCCGAGUGGGCACGGUGCUUCAGCUCAUGCAUACGCUAAAGUACUACUACUGGGCCGUCAACCCUGCAGACAACAGUGGCAUCACGCCAAAGGGUCUCGAUGGUCCAAGGCCGACCCAGAAAGAAAUAAUUUCUCUGCGGGCGUUCAUGCUUCUCUUCCUCAAGCAACUCAUCCUGAAGGACCGAGGUGUGAAGGAGGAUGAGCUGCAGAGCAUCCUGAACUAUUUGUUAACCAUACACGAGGAUGAGAAUCUGCAUGAUGUGUUGCAGUUGGUGGUAGCGCUCAUGUCUGAGCAUCCAGCCUCCAUGAUCCCUGCUUUUGACCAGAGAAAUGGAAUACGGGUAAUCUACAAGCUGAUGGCCUCUAAGAGUGAAAGCAUACGAGUGCAAUCCCUCAAAGUCCUCGGGUACUUCCUCAAGCAUUUGGGCCACAAGAGGAAGGUGGAGAUCAUGCACACACACAGUCUUUUCACUCUCCUGGGAGAGAAGUUAAUGCUGUACACCAACACUGUGACGGUGACGACCUAUAACACUCUGUAUGAGAUUCUGACGGAGCAGGUGUGCACACAGGUAGUUCAUAAACCCCACCCUGAGCCCGACUCCACUGUCAAGAUUCAGAACCCAAUGAUUCUCAAAGUGGUAGCUACCUUGUUGAAGAACUCAACCCCCAGCACAGAGCUGAUGGAGGUCCGGCGGAUCUUCCUCUCCGACAUGAUCAAACUGUUCAGCAGCAGCCGAGAAAACAGGCGGUGUCUGCUUCAGUGCUCUGUGUGGCAGGACUGGAUGUUUUCUCUGGGCUACAUCAACCCCAAAAACUCAGACGAGCAGAAGAUCUCUGAGAUGGUCUACAACAUUUUCCGUAUUCUUCUCUACCAUGCCAUCAAGUAUGAGUGGGGAGGAUGGCGGGUGUGGGUGGACACACUCUCUAUAGCCCACUCAAAGGUGACAUACGAGGCACACAAAGAGUAUUUGGCUAAGAUGUAUGAAGAGUAUCAGCGUCAGGAGGAGGAGAAUAUUAAGAAAGGGAAGAAGGGUUUGGUCAGCACCAUCUCUGGUCUGUCUGCUCAGUCCUCUGGCAUCAAGGGAGCUGUUGAGAUCAGAGAAAUGGAUGAUAACUCCCAGACCCCGGAGAGUGAAAAGGACUAUGAGAGUGCUGACCCACACAACCUGCUGGCUGAAGUGAAGGGGCCAGCGGAGGGUCUCAGUGGAAAGAACAGUACCAUAGGUGGAGUCGGGGUCGAUGUUCAUGACCUUCUGGUAGACAUUAAGGCUGAGAAGGUGGAGGCCACAGAGGUUAAGAUAGACGAUAUGGAUUUGUCCUUGGAAACUCUGGGAUUAUCUCAGAAUGGGGCACUAGUGGAGGUGGAUUCUCUGUUGGAUAAUGUGUAUUGCGCUGCUGUAAAAAACCUCCACAGUAAUGCCAACAGUGUAUUGCUGCCAAAGGGCAGCAUGGAUGACCAAAAUGCACCACCUCUCAUUACUCUAGACGACGAAAAGGACAGCAUUUCUAACAGCAACAACUUCCUGUUCAGCAAGGUGGCAGCCAGCCUGGAGGACAAGCUGCUGCCUGAUCUCCGUCCAGCUGAGCCUCUGGUCCUGCCCAGCGCAGAGCCUCCAGUACACACCAACACCAAGGAUGAUCUGGGCCUUCUUGCUCAAAUGACCAGCAGCUCUGAGCUCGGCUCGUUACCCAGCAUUCUAGAGAAGGAUGAGUUUGAACUAGAGGCAGCGUUGGAGGGAAUCAGCUCUGUGGCUGGUACUGAGUCAGAGGACUCCUCUAGAAGCCCACAGGUCGCAGACGCCCCAGCUGCCUCUGCAUCUGAACGGGACCCCCUGAAUGUCAGGACUGGCAGGGCAGCAGAGUCAGAAGGCAGAAGCGUAGACACAGACAGAUCAGAUGACAGCAAAGACAAGGAGAUGAGGAGGAUUCAGACAACAGCCACCACACAGAGUCAACAUGGCCGCUCAGCUACUCAGAUGGAGAGGGACAUACGUAUGGAUUUGGGCUUCAGGGUAAUGCCCAUGACAGAGGAACAGCGACAUCAGUUCAGCCCGGGCCCACGUACCACCAUGUUCCGCAUCCCGGAGUUCAAAUGGUCAGCCAUGCACCAGAGACUGCUGACUGACCUGCUGUUUGCACUUGAGAGUGACGUGCAUGUCUGGAGAAGCCACUCCACCAAGUCUGUCAUGGACUUUGUCAACAGUAACGAGAACAUCAUUUUUGUCCACAACACCAUCCACCUUAUCUCACAAAUGGUGGACAAUAUCAUUAUUGCUUGUGGAGGGAUCCUGCCUCUUCUAUCAGCGGCCACCUCUCCCUCUACGGAGUUGGACAACAUCGAGGCCACACAGGGCAUGUCCUCCGAGACCGCCAUCACUUUCCUGUCCCGUCUCAUGGUCAUGGUGGAUGUGUUGGUGUUCUCCAGCUCACUCAACUUCAGUGAGAUCGAGGCUGAGAAGAACAUGUCCUCGGGUGGCCUGAUGCGUCAGUGCCUCAGACUUGUGUGUUGUGUGGCUGUUCGGAGUUGUCUUGAGUGCAGGCAGAGACACAGAGACAAGGGAAAUAAGUCUUCUAUUCCCAACAACAACAAGACUCAGGAAAUCCUGCUAAAUGCUGUGACUUCCAGCAAGACAGCCAUAGAGACUGUCCCUAGUAACCUGUCUCCCAUCAAGGACCCAGAUCGCCUUCUGCAGGAUGUGGACAUCAAUCGACUGCGUGCUGUGGUGUUUCGUGAUGUGGAUGACAGCAAGCAGGCCCAGUUCUUGGCCUUGGCUGUGGUGUACUUCAUCUCUGUGCUCAUGGUCUCCAAGUACCGUGACAUCCUGGAGCCUCAGCGUGAGACUGCAAGGAUAACCAACCAAUCAGGUCGCGGUGUGCGUCCGGGGAUCAACUCGCCAACCAGCAAAGAAACACCUCUAGUAUUUAACAGCAGUAGGGACUAUCCUGUGCCAUCAGAACACCUCAACAUGGAUAGCUCCCUUCCCCGCACAGACUCCGGUAUCGGAGACGAGCAUUGUCCCAGCAUCCUUAACGGGUCAGACCUGGACCACAGUGUGGCCGGACCUGAUGCCAUGAGUGAGCUCAUAUCAACUCUGUCCUCCGAGAUGAAGAAGUCCCAGGAGCGUUUGUCUGAAUCACCCAGCGUAGAGCACUUGAAAUUAUCCUCCUCCAUCAUCAGCAUCAGCCAGCCCAAGAGGGGUAUCAACGUGAAGGAGAUCCUGAAGAGCCUGGUGGCAGCUCCAGUGGAGGGCCUGGAGGCUGGGUUGGAGGCCGUGACCUACCAAGACCCUGCUGCCAAGGCCCAGGCCCAGGCCGUGCUGCCCAUGCAGUUUCACUCCUUUGACAGGAGUGUGGUUGUGCCUGUGAAGAAAACCUCCCCUGGCAGCCUGGCAGUUCACACAGUGGGAAGCAGCAGCAGCACCUCUGCUGGGCUGACAGCUGGCAGCACCCCCAACAUCUUUGCUGCUGCCUCUGCAACCCCAAAAAGCAUGAUCAAUACAACGGGAGCCACAGAUGCAGCCCCCUCUGCCUCCUCUUCCUCUACUUUGGUCAACGGAGCUACCAGUAAGAACCUGCCGGCCGUACAGACGGUGGCCCCCAUGCCCGAGGACACGGUAGAAAACAUGAGAGCAUUUGCUGAAGCAGACCGGUGUCCAACCCACCAGGGGCUGACACCCUCUGAGCUAAAACCCUUUAGCCCCUCGACAGGAUUACAGGCAGACUUCAGAGCUGCAGGCCAGUGUCUUAGCAUUACUACAAAGCUGGAGAGGGCCUUGGAGAAGGUGGCACCCCUGCUGAGAGAGACCUUUGUAGACUUUGCACCGUUUCUGUCUCGUACCCUGCUGGGCAGCCACGGACAGGAACUGCUUAUAGAAGGCACAGGUCUGGUGUGUAUGAAGUCCAGCACCUCGGUGGUGGAGCUUGUUAUGCUGCUUUGUUCUCAGGAAUGGCAGAACUCCAUUCAGAAGAAUGCUGGCCUGGCCUUUAUUGAGCUAAUCAACGAGGGAAGGUUGCUCUGCCAUGCCAUGAAGGACCACAUAGUUCGUGUUGCCAAUGAGGCUGAGUUCAUCCUGAACAGACAGCGAGCCGAGGACGUCCACAAACAUGCAGAGUUUGAGUCCAACUGUGCCCAAUAUGGCGCUGACAGAAAAGAGGAAGAGAAGAUGUGCGACCACCUGAUAAGUGCUGCGAAACACAGAGACCAUGUGACGGCUAACCAGCUAAGGCAGAAAAUAGUCAACAUCCUCACCAACAAGCACGGAGCCUGGGGGACACUGGCCCAGAGUCAGCUGCACGACUUCUGGCGUCUUGACUACUGGGAAGAUGACCUGCGUCGGAGGCGGAGAUUUGUCAGAAAUCCGUAUGGCUCCACCCACUUAGAUGUCACAUGCAAAUCACUGCAGGAGUAUGGCACUGAGGAGGACAAGGGGGUCAAGUGUAAGACGGUCUUCCGCAGUCAGACUGUGGCCAGCCAGAACCCUGAGACAGAGCUGAUUCUGGAUGGAGACGAUGAUGCCGUCAGCCUGCUGCAGGAGAAGGAGAUGGACAACCUGGGUGGCCCAGUGGUCCUAAGCAGCCCGGCCCAGCUUGUGGCCCCGGUCCUGGUGGCACGCGGCACUCUGUCCAUCACAACCACAGAGAUCUACUUCGAGGUGGACGAGGAUGACCCUGCCUUCAAAAGGGUCGACUCAAAGGUCUUGGCAUACACCGAGGGUUUACAUGGGAAGUGGAUGUUCAGCGAGAUACGAGCGGUAUUCACCAGACGCCACCUCCUGCAGAACACAGCGAUGGAGGUCUUCAUGGCAAACAGAACAUCGGUCAUGUUCAACUUCCCUGACCAGGCCACAGUAAAGAAAGUGGUCUACAGUCUUCCUCGAGUGGGAGUGGGCACCAGCUAUGGUCUUCCACAAGCCAGGCGCAUCUCCAUGGCCACCCCUCGGCAGCUUUUCAAAUCAUCCAACAUGACCCAGCGCUGGCAGAGGAGAGAGAUUUCCAACUUUGAAUACCUCAUGUUUCUCAACACUAUAGCAGGGAGGACAUACAAUGACUUGAAUCAGUACCCGGUCUUUCCCUGGGUCCUCACCAACUACGACACAGAGGAGCUUGACCUGACCUUACCGGGGAACUUCAGAGAUCUCUCAAAGCCUGUUGGUGCUCUGAAUCCGAAGCGUGCAGCUUUCUUCAAUGAACACUAUGAGAAUUGGGAAGACGACCAGACACCACCAUGUCAUUACAUCUCCCACUACUCCACAGCAGCUACCACCUUGCACUGGCUUGUCAGAAUAGAGCCCUUCACCACCUUUUUCCUCUCCGCCAACAACAAAUUUGACCAUCCUGAGCGCACGUUUUCAGGCAUCGCCCGCUCCUGGAGAAACUGUCAGAGGGACACAUCUGAGGUCAAGGAACUGAUUCCUGAGUUCUACUACCUCCCAGAGAUGUUUGUCAACAGUAAUGGAUACCAUCUGGGCAUGAGGGAAGACAGGACCAUGGUCUGUGAUGUGGACUUGCCAGCCUGGGCCAAAAAACCUGAAGACCUUGUCAGGAUCAACAGGAUGGCCCUGGAAAGCGAGUUUGUGUCAUGUCAGCUGCAUCAGUGGAUUGACCUUAUUUUCGGCUACAAGCAGCGGGGCCCGGAGGCGGUGCGUGCCCUCAACGUCUUUCACUACCUGACUUACGAGGGCUCCGCCAAGCUGGACGGUAUCACUGACCCUGCGUUAAGAGAGGCCACAGAGGCACAGAUCCAGAGCUUUGGACAGACGCCAUCUCAGUUGCUUAUUGAGCCACAUCCUCCACGCAGCUCCGCCAUGCACCUGUGUUUCCUUCCACAGAGUCCGCUCAUGUUCAAGGACCAGAUGCAGCAAGAUGUCAUCAUGGUGUUGAAGUUCCCGUCCAAUUCCCCAGUAACACACGUGGCCGCAAACACGCUACCCCAUCUUACCAUGCCUGCUGUGGUCACGGUCACCUGCAGCCGUCUAUUUGCCGUCAACCGAUGGCACAACACCGUUGGUCUAAGAGGAGCACCUGGCUAUUCUUUGGAGCAGGCCCAUCACCUCCCUAUCGAGAUGGAUUCUCUUGUUGCCAACAGUACUGGAAGCAACAAGCGUCAGAUCACAGACCUAGUGGACCAGAGCAUCCAAAUCACCUCACACUGUUUUGUGGUGACAGCUGACAACCGCUACAUACUGGUGUGUGGCUUCUGGGACAAGAGCUUCCGUGUGUACUCCUCCGAGACAGGCAAGCUGACCCAGAUAGUUUUUGGCCACUGGGAUGUGGUGACAUGUCUGGCCAGAUCAGAGUCUUACAUUGGAGGAGACUGCUACAUCGUCUCAGGGUCCAGGGAUGCAACUCUGCUGCUGUGGUAUUGGAGUGGACGGCACCAUAUUAUCGGCGACAACCCAAAUAACAGUGACUACCCUGCACCUCGAGCAGUUCUGACAGGCCAUGACCAGGAAGUUGUGUGUGUGUCGGUCUGUGCAGAGCUGGGUCUGGUCAUCAGCGGAGCCAAAGUGGGUCCAUGUCUGGUCCACACCAUCACUGGUGACCUGCUGCGGGCUCUGGAGGGGCCAGACCACUUCCAGUGUCCACGGUUCAUCUCAGUGUCCAGCGAGGGCCACUGCAUCAUCUACUACGAGAGGGGCUGCUUCUGCAACUUCAGCAUUAAUGGAAAAAUGUUGGCACAGAUGGAGAUCAAUGACUCCACCAGGGCUAUUCUUUUGAGCAGUGACGGCCACAACUUGGUCACCGGUGGGGAUAACGGUGUGGUGGAGGUGUGGCAGGCCUGUGACUUCAAACAGCUCUACGUCUACCCUGGUUGUGAUGCUGGUAUCCGAGCAAUGGACCUUUCUCAUGAUCAAAGGACUUUAAUCACAGGCAUGGUGUCUGGCAGUAUCGUGGCUUUUAACAUCGAUUUCAACCGAUGGCACUACGAGCAUCAAAACAGGUACUAAAGAGAGAGGAAUUACGCAGCAGGAGCAAGUGUGCUGGAGGAAACACCCAAAGACCAACAACCAAGCUUUGUAGCAGAAGAUCAACAUGGAGCUUGAUAGAGAUCAUGUGGGUCCAAGACCAUCAGCAUUGUGAUGCUAAUAAAGAACAAAGUGUGCCAACAUGUGUUCAUCCGUUGGCGUUAUUACUAAUCAUCUGUGGCUGAACAAUCGGGACACGUUUUCUGUCUGUUUUCUUGUCUUACUUGAACACCAGCUGAUGCAAAGAGAGACUGAGAUACAUUUUAGUUAUUAAAACAAACUUAACGUAAGCUUUUAAGUUCCUGUUUGAAACUGUGAAAAGAAAAAUAAUUCUCUUUAAGGAACAUUUAUACAACAUUUGUAUGGCAGAUACAUAUGUCACUUGGAACACUUUUCUAAAGAAAACAAACAACUUGUAAAUAUUAACAGUGUAAAGUGAUUCUACCCUGGAAAGGCUUUGACUAAGAUCUAAAUGCGUUUAGAUUAGCCACUAUGUUGCCAACAUUUCCAUCAUGAAAGCCAUGUAUACAAUGUUUCAAACGUCUUCAUUGCACUUCAGAUAUUAGUUGGUUAGCAAUACAUGUGUGUGGCCAUUGUUUUCUCAUGGUUAUGACUAGUGAUCAGUGUAUCUGUAAGUGAAAAGACUAAAUGUCUCUUUGUUGUGUUUGUCUUUAUGGAGGAAAUGUCUAAUUCAGUGUGAGCUUAGUCUGUUGUGAAAUCUUUGUUCUUGAUCAUGAUGUCAGCUAGAAGAUAACGGUUGCAUUUCUAAAUAAAUAACUUUUCUUUUUAUUCAUUUGCUAAUAAAUUAAAAAAAUUCUCACUGUGAUAACUUUAAACUGUUCAGAUGGGAUUUUGAGCAGGAAUUAUCCGCAUUUUGUCUCAUGCUAUUUUUUUCUUUAAAAAAUUUAUCCAGAGGCGUAAAUCACCAGAUUCCUUUGACAGUAUUUUAGUUCCUUUUUGAUACUCGUGGUAAAGCUUCGAGACAUUUGUUAAGAUUGUUAUUUGAAGGAUUUUCAGCAAUUGUCAGCCAAGCAAACGUUAUUCCUUUUGCAUCACAUUUUGUUUUACUUUGCCUGUUGAUGCACCAAAUGUUUGCUAUCCCAUGUUGGAUCUGUGAAUUUGUGAUGAGCGGUUCAUGCUUGAACACCAUGCACUGGUAAGCAAUAUUAAAACUUAGUUUCUGUGAAGGUUGAUAGAAUGUCUUUCAGCUGUGUGACAAAAAUAAUGUAAUGAGCAGUGAGGUCAUUCUUAAAUGACUAAGGUUUAUUUUUGUUGUUAUGAAUGCUAAUUGUGUCUUCAUUUAAUUUCCGGGGGAAAAUAGGUCUGCUGCUGUGAUCUGAAAAUGUCUAAUGAACAAAAAUAUGCAAAUAGACUUUGUGUAAACAAUCUCAUUUUCUUGCGGUGGUAUAAGACACUGCCUACCCGAAGCUGAACUCUUGCAUGUUAAAGCUACUGAAGGCAUUGGGUUUGCUUUGCGUAACUGUGAAAUCAUUUUUCAUUACUGUGAAUUUUAAUAUCUUGAAAGAAAUUAAUAGAUAAUUUUUUUCAAUGAUUUAGUCUUAAAAAAAAAACCCUUUCUUCUUUUUAUAUUUUAAGAUCUGUUAUAAUUUACAUAUUAAGGUUGUAUUGCAAAUCUUUUUUUGCAUAAGUUUUGAAAGAGAUGUCCUAAGCUUAUUAGGUUAUAAAGUACUGUAAAUUCAGCUACUUUAAAAAAAAAUGUUUUUUUAAACUGUCAGAAUAAACAAAUGUGAGGAGCUACUUUGCUGAGAUUUGAACUCAUUUGUGUGAAGUGCCUCCAAAACAUUCAUUCAUGUAUUGAUGCAAUCCCCUAAUAAAAUAUUUACAACCCAAACGCAGUAAAUUCCUACUAUGACUGAAGGAGGAACUGAACUUGAGGAAUUAUAAGCUUCUCCUUGACUAUACUGCCACCUGCUGUCGUCAUGUGUUGCCGCAGAUUGUGUGGGUCUGCAGCAG